ACGAAUCCAACAAGAGCUUGAGAAAACUAAAGGGCAAAGGCCUUCCCUCUUCCCCUCUGCGUUAAUAAGGGUUUCUCUUCCCCUCGUCUUCCUCACAUUCUCUGGGCAUAAAGUUCUAACUCGACUGUUAAAGGGCAGGGGCUCCAAUUUGUAUUUCUUCAGUUGUGCUUGCACUCGUGGUUAUUUUUUGAUUUCAGUAAUUGGUUUGAAUUUGGAAGAUGGGUGAGGGUGGAAAGCGCUCUAGACUGUAUAGAGAUAAUGACGGAGACAACAAAAACCAAAGGAGGCGGUUGAGUGAUAAAGAUGAGAAGGGUUCUGAUGAACUGGUUGUUUAUAGAAUACUAUGUCCGGAUGGGGUUAUUGGAAGUGUUAUUGGUAAAAGUGGAAAAGUCAUAAAUUCCAUUAGACAAGAGACAAGGGCAAAAGUUAAAGUGGUUGACCCCUUUCCUGGUGCAAAAGAUAGGGUCAUAACAAUCUACUGCUAUCUCAAGGAGAAGAAGGAAGUGGAGGUGGAUGAUGAACUAAGUUAUAAAGUACCAUUAUGUGCUGCUCAGGAUGCUCUUCUCAAAGUUCAUGCUGCAAUUGCAAAUUCUUUGGCUUCGGUGGGGGAUGCAGAUAAGAAACGUAAAGAUAAUGAAAAGGAGGAAUGCCAACUUCUGGUGCCCUCCAGUCAAUCUGCUAAUAUUAUAGGUAAGGCUGGGGCAACUAUUAAGAAACUGAGGGGUAAGACAAGAACAAACAUUAAGGUCACUCCCAAGGAUUCCAAUGAUCCAACUCAUUCAUGUGCUAUGGAGUUUGACAACUUUGUUCUGAUUUCUGGUGAUCCAGAAGCUGUUCGGAAAGCACUUUUUGCAAUUUCUACUAUCAUGUACAAGUUCACUCCUAGGGAAGAAAUUUCUCUUGAGACAACUGUCUCAGAAGUUCCUCCAAGCAUCAUUAUCCCAUCAGAUGUCCCUAUCUAUCCACCAGGUGGCUUAUAUCCUAAUUCAGAUCCAAUUAUCCCUUCAAGAUCAGUUCCACCAAUCUUUGGUGCUACACAUGUACCAGAUCUUCAGGGCUAUGUAGAUGCUGGGAGUACAUGGCCUGUUUAUUCAUCUGCUCUUCCUGUCAUGUCUGGUCUUGGUGGUGGCAGUUCACGAUCUGAAGAAUUGGUCAUCCGAGUAUUAUGCCCAUUUGACAAGAUUGGGCGUGUCAUUGGCAAGGGAGGGGGUACUAUUAAAAGCAUAAGGCAAGAGAGUGGUGCUAAUAUUGAGGUUGAUGACACCAAGGCCAACCGUGAUGAGUGUAUUAUCACUAUAACAGCAACAGAGUCACCUGAUGAUUUGAAAUCCAUGGCUGUUGAAGCUGUUUUAUUGUUGCAAGGGAAGAUUAAUGACGAAGAUGAUGGAACUGUUACCAUGCGACUGCUUGUUCCCUCUAAGGUUAUUGGUUGUAUAAUAGGAAAAUCUGGUUCAAUUAUAAAUGAAAUUCGGAAGACAACUAAAGCUGAUGUCCGUAUAUCAAAAGGGGAGAAGCCCAAGUGUGCUGAUGCAAAUGAUGAGCUUGUUGAGGUUGUUGGAGAAGUUGGCAAUGUUAGAGAUGCACUUAUACAAAUUGUGUUAAGGCUCCGAGAUGAUGUUUUGAAAGAUAGGGAUGGUGGUUAUAAACCUUCUGUAGGCGCUGAAUCUUUGUACUCUGGUGGUGCUGCCCUUCCAGUGCCAUCACUCUUGCCUUCUGUUCCUGCAGUUGCUCCUUUGGGUUAUGACCAAAUAGCUGAAAGUGGAAAUAAUCUGGGUGUACUUUCUUCAAGUGGCCUCUAUGGCUUUGGUGCUCUCCCAAUCGGAGAAAGUGGUUAUGGGUCCUCCUGCUCAUCAAACUUCUAUGGAGGGUUGCCCUCACCUUCAACUCUUGAGAUAUUGAUCCCUGCUAAUGCAGUUGGUAGAGUUAUAGGCAAAGGAGGGGCAAAUUUAUCCAACAUAAGGAAGAUAUCAGGGGCAAUGAUAGAGAUUUCUGAAUCUAAAUCCUCUCGAGGUGAUCGUAUUGCUCUUGUAACUGGUACUCCUCAGCAAAAACAUGAAGCAGAAAACUUGCUUCGGGCAUUUAUAUUGGCCACCUGAGCUCUGAGGCCAUUUUUUAAGUUGAAGGUGAAUAGUUAAAAUUUGGAAUUUUCCCGUCAAAUGUGUCUUCUCCAUAGUUCCUUUAGGUUUGAUUUAUGGAGAUGGCUUCAUGUUCUAGACUUCUUUGGCUGGGUUCUUUCUAUUUCUUCCAUAACAGUACCUUUCAAGAUCUUGUCAGAAGAUCUGCUGCUGCUUAAACAUUCUUGGAGUUAGAUUCCAUCUUUGUUGCUUAAGCUACUCUUCAUCUGUGAUAUCUUAGAACUCUUUUAGGAUCUUUCUUUCCUUGCGUAGUGUCAUAUGGGUUCAUAUCUUUUCCUAGUAUGGCGUCCUUAUUUCCAAUAUUGUUAUACUUAAAAUUUGGUUGUUUGCACCAGGAAAUAUUUCCAAUCUCCGUAAGUGAUUAACUCAUAUUGUGUAUGUGAUAUUUUUCUACCAUUCAUCCUUUUGCUCUCUGCUCCCCUCUAGAAGGAUCUCUCCAUUGAUGGUGCAAAGCGCAAUGCAGUUGGUGAUUGUUCCUCUUCAUUGGUGUUCCCCUUGCUCACCUUUGCAGGGCUUAUUUGAGGGAAAAAGGAAAACAUCCACCAAAAUUAAAUAUACUAUUCUCAAUUCUAUAAUGCACUUAGAAUCUCCUUUUUUGUUCUUAAACUCGUGCUAUGUUUCUGGAUUUAUGAUAGAUCAUUGUGAAAGCUGAUAAGAUUGCUGUAUCUUAUCACCAACUGCCAUUUGAUUUCAUUGCUUCCUCAAUGCCUUUGCUAAAAUUUAUUUCUCUAAUAUAUCCCAUCCAGUCCUAUACCAUAUUCACCACUCCUAUCUAGAAAUAUUUUCCUUUU